ACUUUCUGGCUCACGUUCUAUCCGCUUCGGCUUGCAUUUGGUGAUAUGAAUCAUGAGUGGGUCGGUAACGUGUGGUUACCCAGCCUGGGUUUGGCCCAGUAUCGACCGUUGUUCAUGGAAUGUUUGGUCGAUGCCCGGAUGUUGGAUCACCUGACCAAACGCGAUUUGCGUACACAUUUGAAAAUGAUAGACAAUUUACACCGGACCAGUUUGCUCUACGGCAUAGUGUGUUUGAAACGGCUCAACUACGAUCGGAUCGAGUUGGAGCUCGCGCGUUGCGCCAGAGUCAGAACCGAUUAUGAAGACGGAUUGGAUUUGUUGGUGUGGUCUUGCGAACGAGUUCAGGCUUGGCUUGAUCAGAUCGGGCUGAAGGAGUACGCAUCCAAUCUGACCGGGUCCGGUGUUCAUGGUGGUGUGGUUGGAUUGCAUCCGGAACUGAACGCGGCCCAAUUGGCUCUCAUCCUUCAAAUUCCCACCUCGAACAGUUCGGCUCGAAAUGUGCUUGCCAAGGAAUUAAAUGAUCUGGUCCAACGAUUUCGAGCCACCAGUCUGGGUCCGGCUCCGCGAGACGGGGGCGCCUCUCAAAAGAUGAUGAUCAUUUUGAGGUCUCAAAAAUAUUCAUACACACUUUUUCACCUGACAAAAAUGACAACCCUCUGGUGGAAACUGGAGUUCUCGUCGUCUCGCUUCGAUUGA